CUUAUUUUGAAAUGUUCAGACCGGAAGUUUUUUUCCUCGCACUGCGCUUACACUGUAAACCGUGUUAGCAGGCUAAUGUUAAUCUAUACCUUAAUAUCACGUUAAUGAAUGAAUUUGCAAUGGAUAAACAGCAGGUACCAAAACGGGAAGACCAAGGCUUCAGACUUCCUCUGUCCUCUGUGCGCCUGUUGGUUCCUCCUCUGCGCCUGAUGUCUGCCUUUAUGUGGCAGGUGCUGCAGCAGAAAAACGUAGUGCACUAUGGGAAAUUGGAGGAGUUUGUCUCUAUGGUUACGGAGACGGUGCCACACCUGCUGAGUUACAGACAAAGAGUUCAGCUCAUCCUGGGAUUAAGGGCACGGAUGAUCUUAGAGAUGUUACGCGAGCCGGACGAUGUGAAGCUUGCCCAGGUCCACUUGGACAGAAUGAGACUUCCGGAUAUUCCAGCUGGAUGCUCAGUAGACGUAUAUUCAGAUUUGGAGCUCUCUGUGUCUAACUUCAAGGCUCUUGUUCUUGCACUGUUGAAGGAUCCUGCAGAAAAGGCUUAUUUCUUUCAGGAGGUGUUUCCUGUGGAAUAUGGUCCACGUUACGAUACUGCACUGAAGGAGCUAAUGUGGGAGCUGCUGUCCUGUCUGGAGAGGCUAUUCCCUGUUCCAGACCUUAAGAAGACUUUAUCUUGGCUCACUCCUGCCCCUGUUGGUCUGGAUGAAUGCAUGCAGUCUGAACCAAAACACCUGAAAGCUCUGUUUCAGCAGCACAAAGUGAUUGGCAACAUGGACCAACAAAACUGGACCAAAGGUUCCACAUUAGGUACUCUUUCUGCUACCUCCGGGGACUGUAUAAUUUCCUCGCUUUCUGUCCCUCCAUCGACACACAUGGCGGUCACUACCGAAUCCGUGGUCUACCACAUCCAGCCGACCACUGUGACCAUCCUGAGCCAGAGUGCUCUUGGCCAGUUGGGCUCGGAGGCCAUCAUUGUAACUGAUUACACCGAGGUUGAGUUGGGCAGUAAUGAGGUGGCUGAAGAAUCUGUGGACAGGUGCGUAGAGGUGCACACAGAGAACAGCUCUGUGGUGGCGGUCCUCAGCAACCAAACUGCGGUCGAAGAAGAGGAGAUGAUAACUGUGAGCCAGCACGUCGAACUUCCCAAAGACCCAGAAAGCAGCAGGAACAGUGAGGAAGAGAGAAAUCUUUGUGAGAAAUCCACACAGUGUGACAUCAGAGACGGAGGUUUAUCGGGUGAUCUCAGGGCCGCGGGUAACGACGGUUCCAUGUCAGCGUCCAAAGCUGAAGGAACUGAAUCUGAUGGAGAAGGAUUAAAUAAAGAGCUUCAGGAGAGAAAGAAAGAUGCAACGCAGACUUCUGUAUGUCAGAAAGAUGACCAAGAAGCUAAUAUUGCUCUUAAUCAGGAAAAGAGCUUUCCUUUAGCAGUACCAUUGAGAAGAGGGCGUGGAAGACCGAGGAAGAACACAGUGGCACAGAAAGUGGUUCAGAACGGGAAACGAGGGAGACGAUUCAAAGCGGAAAAGGACAAAGAGAAAAUGAACAGUGAAGACACUGAAGAAACAACAGAUGAAAAGACCACGAUAGCCGAGACGGGAUUCAAUGGAAUGGACACCACAGUCUCAUCUCGUGAUCUAAGCCCACCAAGACCCCAAACAUCUGAAACGGCAGAAAAUCCUCGCGCCCGGUACGUGUGUGACACGUGUGGUCGCAAGUUUACCCGCACGUCCGAUGUCCGACGUCACCAGUUGACUCAUACGGGUGAGCGUCCGUUCCGUUGUGCUCACUGUGAGAAGACGUUCCAGCAUGCUUGGGAUCUGACUAAACACUGCCGAAAGUUUCACGGAGAAGCCACGUUCUCUUGCCGCCUCUGUCCGAGUCAGUUCAUUAAUUUCCGGUCACUGACUGCCCACCACAAGAAGAGCCAUGCCAGUGAGCUGCCCCACUACUGCUCCAUCUGCGGCCAGGCCAGUCCCAGCGCUGCUGCUCUCGUGCAGCAUCGGAAAACGCACAGCGCCACUCAACAGUACCUCUGUGAACAAUGUGGCGAAGGCUUUGACACCUUAUUGCAGCGCUCAGUCCACAGACAGAGCCACCGCAUGCACCGCAAGUUUAAAUGUCCGCAGUGUGACAAGACUUACUCGCGACAGGCCGACGUCAAGCGCCAUCUGCUGAGCCAUACGGGUGAGCGGCCUCAUCAGUGCAACCUGUGUGGAAAAAGCUUUGCGCUGCGUGCCGGCCUUCAGAAACAUCAGCUCACUCACACAGGGGAGAGGCCUUUCCCCUGCCCUCACUGUCCCAAAGCAUUCAACCUGCUCUCCAUUAUGCGUCGACAUGAGCGCAUGCACACAGGAGAGCGGCCGUUCCUGUGCUCGCAGUGCGGCAAGCGCUUCCUGUCGCUCGGAGAACUCCUCAAGCAUGACAAGUCCCACACGGACGCCAGGCCACACUUAUGCAGUCAGUGCCAGAAAAGCUUCAAGUCCAAGCGAGCUCUGAGGGAGCACAUCCUCAGCCACAGCGGCACUCGCCCAUAUCCCUGCAGCUACUGUGACAAAAAAUUCUCCAAGCCUUUCGCUUUGAACCGCCACCAUUUGAUGCACACAGGCGAGAGACCAUUUGCGUGCACGCACUGUGAGAAAACCUUCCUGACAUCAGCGGAGUUGGCCUUGCACAAGCGCGUACACACCGGAGAACGGCCCUACAUCUGCUCAGAAUGCCCGUGGAAGUUUCGGAGCUCCUCGGAAUUGGCGCGUCACAGGCGCACUCACGGCCAGCAGAGGGCGUACACCUGCAGCUACUGUCCCAAAAUCUACACUAGCACAUCCAAACUGAAAACCCAUAUGCGCAUUCACACAGGGGAGGAUAACACAAAGUGCCCUGAAGACAUUAGCCAUACAGUGGAGGUCCAAGAGUCCACACUGACAGAGAGUGACAUGCCCGAUGGCCUCUCAUAAUAAAUAUGUGCUCAUGGACACAUUUACUCAGUGGUCAUUGAUAUAGCCAAGCUGAGGCUUACAUUUAUUCUGCAACGACGUGUAACGGAUUCAACUAUGUAAUGUAUAUUAAACCGAAUAUUCAGAAUCUAAACCAGUUACAUAUUUAGUCUAGUCCAUCUCUUAACACUCCUGACCUUUUGUUCUAUGGCUAUUCUGCCCUUAACCUAUUUGGUAUGUAAGAAUUUGUGCUGGAAUAAAAGACGGUGAUUUCUUCAUCUGUAAUUUGCACAGAAUAAGUGAUGGUUUAUUCUUUAUUUAUUUUCAUAAUUUCUUCUUGUUUUCACUGCACAGUUCUAAAUAAAGAUGAUAAACGUAA